AUGAAAACAAUCCAUAUUACUCUAACUCAGGACCACAUAAAGCUUCUCAGUUUACGGCCCAGAAGAUCGUCAUGUCUUCAAAAGCUGACGUAUGAGGUGAAGGCUCAAUGGAUUGGAGUCAUUGAAUUACAAGGACUUGUAAAUUCACUCAAGACUGGCGCGCCAUUGACGAUUUUGAACUUGCGUGACGGCUCAAUCAAGGAUGAAGGGGCUCUGGCACUGUCAGAGGUACUCAAGGUUAAUACUAGUUUGACGACUUUGGACUUGGGUUACAACUCAGUUGGGGAUGUAGGGGCUCAGGCAUUGUCAGAGGCACUCAAGGCUAAUGCAACACUAGCAACUUUGGACUUGUGGGACAACUCGAUCGAAAAGGAAGGAGCUCUGGCAUUGUCAGAGGCACUCAAGGUUAAUACUAGUUUGGCGACUUUGAACUUGGGUUACAACUCAAUUGGGGAUGAAGGAGCUCUGGCAUUGUCAGAGGCACUCAAGGCUAAUGCAACACUAACAACUUUGGACUUGUGGGACAACUCGAUCGAAAAGGAAGGCGCUCAGGCAUUGUCAGAGACGCUCGAAGUCAAUGCAACUUUAACGACCUUGACCUUGGGCAACAACAGAAUUCGAAAGGAAGGAGCUCUGGCAUUGUCAGAGGCACUCAAGGAAGAAGCUCUGGCAUUGUCAGAGGCACUCAAGGUUAACACUAGUUUGACGACAUUGGACUUGAGCAACAACAGAAUUCAAAAGGAAGGAGCUCAGGCAUUGUCAGAGGCACUCAAGGCUAAUGCAACAUUAACGACUUUGAUCUUGUGUCACAACUCGAUCGAAAAGGAAGAAGCUCUGGCAUUGUCAGAAGCACUCAAGGUUAACACUAGUUUGACAACAUUGGACUUGAAUGAGAGCUCGAUCGGAAAGGAAGGAGCUCAGGCAUUGUCAGAGGCACUCAAGGCUAAUGCAACAUUAACGACUUUGAACUUGUGCCACAGCUCGAUCGAAAAGGAAGAAGCUCUGGCAUUGUCAGAGGCACUCAAAGUUAACACUACUUUGACGACAUUGGACUUGUGGUACAACUCAAUUGGGGAUGAGGGAGCUCUGGCAUUGGCAAAGGCACUCAAGAUUAACACUAGUUUGACGACAUUGGAGUUGGGCAACAACAGAAUUCAAAAGGAAGGAGCUCUGGUAUUGUCAGAGGCACUCAAGGUUAAUACCAGUUUGACGACUUUGAACUUGCGUAGCAACUCAAUUGGGGAUGAAGGAGCUCUGGCAUUGUCAGAGGCGCUCAAGGCCAAUGCAACUUUAACAGAUUUGACCUUGGGUGGCAACUCGAUUGGAAAGGAAGGAGCUCUGGCAUUGUCAGAGGCACUCAAGGUUAACACUAGUUUGACGACAUUGGCCUUGUGGUACAACUCAAUUGGGGAUGAAGGAGCUCAGGCAUUGUCAGAGGCACUCAAGGUUAACACUAGUUUGACGACAUUGAGCUUGAGCAACAACAGAAUUCAAAAGGAAGGAGCUCAGGCAUUGUCAGAGGCACUCAAGGUUAACACUAGUUUGACGACAUUGGCCUUGUGGUACAACUUAAUUGGGGAAGCAGAUCUGGCAAUUUCAGAAGCACUCAAGGAAAACGCAAUUUUUACUCAAUAA